AUGGCAGCCAACUCACUUCUAUCCAUUGUCUUCUUGGCUGUGGCUUUGCCACUGACCUCGGCUUCUGAUCCCAGUCCUCUGCAGGACUUUUGUGUUGCUCUUAAUGACACUAAGAAAGCUGUAUUCGUGAAUGGAAAAUUCUGCAAGGACCCAAAGCUUGCCACAGCCAGUGAUUUCUUCUUCUCAGGACUUAACAUGCCUGGAAACACAUCCAACCAAGUUGGCUCUAAUGUCACACUUGUAAAUGUUGAUAAACUAGCUGGACUUAACACCCUUGGUAUCUCAAUAGCUCGUCUUGAUUUUGCACCUUAUGGUCUCAACCCUCCACACACACACCCCCGUGCUACUGAGCUCCUCACUGUUUUGGAGGGAACACUCUAUGUUGGUUUUGUUACUUCUAACCCAGAUAAUCGUCUGAUCACAAAGGCUCUUUACGCGGGUGAUGUUUUCACAUUCCCAAUAGGUCUCAUUCACUUCCAAUUCAAUGUUGGAGAAACCAACGCCGUGGCCAUUCCAGGGUUAAGCAGCCAAAACCCAGGUGUCAUAACUAUUGCAAAUGCGGUCUUUGGUUCAAAGCCACCUAUCUCUUCUGAUGUUCUGACCAAGGCCUUCCAAGUGGACAAAAAUGUAAUCGACUAUCUUCAAGCUCAGUUCUGGAUGGACAACAACAACUAG